AUGGCGAAGAUCGCCAAGACGCACGAAGACAUCGAGGCCCAGAUCCUGGAGAUCCAGGGGAUGAAGGCCACCCUGCUGGAGGAGGGAGAUCAGGGCGUGGGCCUGGACUCCACCGGCUUCUACGACCAGGAGAUCUAUGGAGGCAGCGACAGCCGCUUUGCUGGUUACGUCACGUCAAUCGCUGCCAAUGAACAGGAGGAAGAUGAAGAAGAGGACUCAACAACAAGCUUGUUGGGACAAAAGAAGCCAGGGUACCACGCACCAGUGGCCAUACUCAACGCCAUUCCUCAGUCAGACGAGCAAUACGACCCAUUUGCGGAGCAUCGUCCACCAAAGAUCGCAGAGCGGGAAGAUGAAUACAAAGCCCGGCGCAGACAGAUGAUCAUCUCACCCGAGCGUCUCGACCCUUUUGCAGAUGGGGGCAAAACGCCGGACCCCAAGCUGCAAGUCAGGUCGUACGUGGACGUCAUGUUGGAGCAGAACCUGUCAAAAGAGGAGAGAGAGAUUCGUCAGCAACUGGCAGAGAAGGCCAAAUCUGGGGACCUGAAAGCUGUCAACGGGUCCGCUGCCUCACAAGCCGCUGCUGCCGCAAAACGUAAACGUCGCUGGGACCAGACAGCCGACCAAACCCCAACUAAUACUACGCCCAAAAAGAUUUCCACCUGGGACCAGGCCGACUCCUCCUCUGAGACUCCAGGACACACCCCUGGACACACCCCUGCACACACACCUUCAAGCACCCGAUGGGAUGAAACCCCCGGCCGCCCCAAAGGCAGCGAGACCCCGGGGGCCACUCCCAGUACCCGCAUGUGGGACCCCACUCCCAGCCACACACCUGCUGGCGCUGCCACCCCUGGCAGGGACACGCCCGGCCACGCCACGCCCGGUCACGGUGGUGCCACGGGAAGCGUACGCAAGAACCGCUGGGACGAAACCCCAAAGACAGAAAGGGAGACCCCGGGACACGGGAGCGGCUGGGCAGAAACGCCACGCACAGACAGAGGAGACGAGUCCGUCGGCGAGACUCCGACCCCAGGGGCCAGCAAGAGGAAGUCUCGGUGGGACGAAACCCCCGCCAGUCAGAUGGGUUCCUCAACACCACUACUUACCCCAGGAAAAACACCCAUAGGCACGCCAGCUAUGAACAUGGCUACCCCUACACCAGGUCACCUGAUGAGCAUGACGCCGGAGCAGCUGCAGGCGUGGAGGUGGGAGAGAGAGAUUGAUGAGAGGAACCGGCCUCUCACAGAUGACGAGCUUGAUGCCAUGUUCCCAGAGGGAUAUAAGGUCUUGCCUCCACCAGCAGGCUACGUGCCGAUCCGAACUCCGGCCCGUAAGCUGUCGGCCACGCCUACGCCCAUCGGAGGCAUGACGGGCUUCCACAUGCAAGUGGAGGACCGCACCACGAAACAGAUGAAUGACCAGCCCUCAGGAAACCUCCCCUUCCUCAAACCAGAUGACAUCCAGUAUUUUGACAAACUGCUGGUUGAGGUGGACGAAUCCACACUGAGCCCUGAGGAGCAGAAAGAGAGAAAGAUCAUGAAGCUGCUGCUGAAAAUUAAAAACGGAACACCGCCCAUGAGAAAGGCCGCUCUGCGUCAGAUCACAGAUAAAGCUCGUGAAUUUGGAGCUGGCCCCCUGUUCAAUCAGAUCCUGCCAUUACUCAUGUCGCCCACCCUGGAGGACCAGGAGCGUCAUUUGCUGGUUAAAGUCAUUGACCGCAUCCUCUACAAACUGGAUGACCUGGUUCGACCAUACGUACACAAGAUCCUGGUGGUGAUUGAGCCCCUGCUGAUUGAUGAGGACUACUAUGCCAGAGUAGAAGGCAGAGAAAUCAUCUCCAACUUGGCAAAGGCUGCCGGUUUGGCUACGAUGAUCUCCACGAUGCGACCCGAUAUCGACAACAUGGACGAGUACGUCAGGAACACCACAGCCCGAGCCUUCGCCGUGGUGGCCUCUGCCCUCGGUAUUCCCUCUCUCCUGCCGUUUCUCAAAGCUGUGUGCAAAAGCAAGAAGUCGUGGCAGGCCAGGCACACGGGCAUCAAGAUCGUGCAGCAGAUCGCCAUCCUCAUGGGCUGCGCCAUUCUGCCCCACCUGCGCAGCUUGGUGGAGAUCAUCGAACACGGUCUGGUGGACGAGCAGCAGAAGGUGAGGACCAUCAGUGCCCUGGCUAUAGCUGCCCUCGCUGAGGCUGCUACGCCCUACGGUAUCGAAUCCUUUGACUCGGUCCUCAAGCCGCUCUGGAAGGGUAUCAGACAGCACAGAGGAAAGGGUCUGGCUGCGUUCCUGAAAGCUAUCGUUACCUGAUCCCACUGAUGGCCGCCAGUACGCAAACUACUACACCAGAGAGGUGA